AUGCAUAUAUGCAUAAAGCCUGCAGAACUCAACAACUCAGGACAACUCAGGACAUCCUCUGUUUUUUUUACGAAUUCCUCGCGAUUAAUCAUGCCUAUCAAUACCUCGCCCCGUGCUAUUCUCACUUCAUUCUUCGUGCUUCUCACGCUUCUCUCCUGCGCAUUAUGUGCUCCUGUUCCUGCCGUGAUGCGCCGUGAUGCAUCGGAUAUCUGGAUACCCAGAAUCACCUCCCCUACAAGUCACACUAAAUGGACUGUUGGAGGGACAUUCCUUGUCACCUGGGAUGGGUCCUCAGCACCUCCCCAUGUGACCAACACUAUUGGCGAGGUAUACCUUCGCCAUGGCGGUGGAACCCAAGAUAAUCCCAUUGCAUCUGGAUUUUCACUUCAUGAUGGUAAAGUCUACGUCACGGUCCCUCAUGAUACUACACCUGGGAAGUACCAGGUCGUAUGUGAGUAUCUUGUGUUGCGCUAUCUUGACCCAGAAAGUUAA